GAUGCGUGGGAACCCUUUCGAAAGAAACUGUACAGUUGAGAUACAACUGUAGAUGAUGCAUCGAUGAUGUCGUACAAGUUGUUAAUAUACUUAUAUUCAUCAUCAAAAACUUGUGUAAAUGUUUCUCUUGAAACACCCCAAUAUCAUCCAUGAAGGUCUCAAAAGUUCUCGCUCAAUUUCAAGCCUGGCUGAAGAAGUGGAGGUUACGCUUGCUACUUGCCAGCCUUGGGCUUCGUUCGAAGUCGGCACAAGAGGCGAACGUCCAAAAAAUAUAUGACAAGAACGCGAAUCAUGAUCUGCUCGACCUCACUGAGCAAAUAAGCAAGGAAUCAUCCCGAUACCCUGUCGCGCAAGGCAGCUUUGGAGAUGUCUGGAAGUGCAUACACAAACACCCUGAAAUCACGGUAGAGGUUGCGGUAAAGUGUUUGCGACUUGAGAUUCCGAACGAUAGUUGCAAAACACAAAUUAUCGAGAGGCUGGAACAUGACUUGCAGCGGAACACUCGGCUGAAACACGCCAAUCUGUUACCCUUUCUGGGAAUAACUCAAGGGUUCGGUCCGCUGCCUGCUAUUGUCUCCCCAUGGAUGCACAAAGGCUCACUCACCAUGCUUCUGGAACAUGAUUUCCAGCAACUUACUCUCACUCUCAUGUUCCAAAUGCUCAAAGAUGUUGCUUCAGCUCUCCAGUAUUUACACUCCAAAAACAUAGUACACGGUGAUCUCACCAGCAACAACAUUCUCAUUGAUGAGAACGGCAACGCCUUCGUGGCUGACCAUGGAAUUCUGAUUUUUUGUGCCGAGCUCCAUGGCACGUCCUAUAUCAGAAGCAAUGUGCGAUGGGCCGCACCUGAAAACUUUCAAGUCCCGGAAGAUGAUGAGUCAAUAAGCUCGCCCCAAUUGGCAUCAGACAUCUAUUCUUUCGGAUGCAUCAUGUUGCAGGUCUUUACAGGAAAAGUUCCGUAUUCCGAAUUUCGAAGUGACCAUCAAGUUACCCUGCAGAUACUUAGAGGCCGGAGGCCUGCUCGACCAGUGACUCCGCCUAUUGCGGAUGCUCUAUGGGAUUUCAUGCAAAAGUGCUGGCUUGAUGAGCCGGACCACAGGCCUUCAGCCAAUGAAGUCCUGAUAUUUGUACGAGGACAACUGAAAAUGCCAUAGGAAAGCUCUUGACUCUUAUGCAACUCGUGAUGCUGUGACAUGGCAAUUUUGUAUGUUGUAUUUUCGUUCUGUACGAUAUAAUGUUUGCGAUAUCUCACUCCUGCUACUCCCACACAGGUUUCCUCGAUAGACUCGCAGAUCGUAGCUAUUUUUCGCAAUGAAUGCAGAGCAUAAUAUGGUACACCAGCCUUGAGCUUGAAUGUAGCGCUCGCCAAAAGCCUUGACUACUGUCAAGGCAACAUCUCCUUUUCUUUCCAUCAGUUUCCUUCAUAUUCCAUAAGCAAGUCCUACAGUAUUUAAACGCUACGUAGAAUUACUGGUAGGACAGUUGAUCCUUCCCCCCCCCCCUCCCCCGAAUACAUUUUAGUUCGGACAGUUCA